AUGGCCGUUUCAUCCCAGAAGCACAGGUCCCUCCUGCCCCUGCUUUUCCUGGCCUGCCUCCCCCUGGCGUGUCUUUGUCAGACCAACAGCAGCAGCACUAUCAGCCCCGCCGCCAACGGCACCACCGCUUCCUCAAACGCCACUUCCCCGAGGCGGGUGCGGGGCUGCGGCGCCGGGCUGGACCCCGCCUACAGAUACCUGUGCGACCGGCGGGCGGCCUGGGGCAUCGUGCUGGAGGCCCUGGCCUCGGCGGGCUUCCUGCUGACCGUUAGCCUCCUCUGUGGCCUCCUGCUCUGGACUCUGUGCGCCUGCGCCUCGUCCCGGGGGCCGCCGCGCGGCGGCGUGGGCGGCGUGGUGCUGUCCAUGUCCCUGUUCCUGCUGGCCACCGCCGGGAUCUUCGCCGCGACUUUCGCCUUCAUCGUCCGGCUCAACGCGGAGACCUGCCCCACCAGGGUCUUCCUCUUCAGCGUGCUCUUCGCCCUGGCCUUCUCCUGCCUGCUGGCGCGCUGCCUGGCCCUUCUGGGUUUCGCCGCCGCCCGCGGCUGGGGCGAGCCCGCCGUGGCCGUGGGGCUCUCCGCCGUGCAGGUCAUCAUCUCGGCGCAGUGGCUGCUGGUGGUGCUGGUCCGGGACGGGAGGCCGUGCGAGUACAGCCAGGGCGAGUUCGCCAUGCUGCAGAUCUACGUGCUCUGCCUCCUGGCCCUGGCCGCCGUCCUGUCGCUGCACAUCCUGUGCCGCUCCUGCUCCACCUACAGCUACAGCUACACGGGCUCCGUCCGCCGCCACUGGCGGGCCCAGGCCGCGCUGCUCUGCCUCACGGCGCUGGCGUCCGUCGCCGUCUGGGCGGCGUGGAUCGGCAUGCUGACCCGGGGGAACCUGGAGGCCGGCCGGCGCCCCGCCUGGGACGACCCGGCGCUGAGCAUCGCGCUGGUGGCCAACGGCUGGGUGCUGCUGCUGGGCCACGGUCUGUCCCAGGUGGCCUUCUUCUGCAGAGGCGAGGCCGCGGCCAGGGACCUACCCCUGAGCUUCGCGGGCUGGACCAGCCCCAACGCCGACAUCCCGGGACUGGGAAGCCAGAAGGAAGGAAAGGAAAACGGCAGCUUCGAGAACGACGGCGAGCCCAGAAGAGGCCGGAGAAUGGACCCAAAGCUGCGAUCUCCUUAUGAAUCUGGCUUCUCUAUGACUGAGAUAGACCCUGAGAAAGACUACACCAUUCCUCGCCCACAGACCACCAACUACACCGAACCGUACGAUGACUAUUAUGGACAGGAUUAA